CUUAAUAGUCAUCAACCACCAACACCAUUACUUCACAUCACGUUAGCUUUGCAGAACCCCAUCAUCACUUAUGUUAAAGAUAUAAUUUUCUAUGCUCCAUUCAUUUCAAGACAACAGGCAGCCCUUCCAUUCACAAGUUUUAAAGGCCAUGAAAUAUGUAGUCUUCACUUGUCCCUGAUCUAUCGCUCCUCUCCAUCACUACUGCUUCUCCAAGAACGCCAGCACUCAUCCCUCAUUGCCAUUAAAUUUGUCCAUCCUUUCCUUGCCACAUGAAGUUUCCUCAUCAUCGUCGAUCGGAUAGCUACCACGACACGAGCAAUUGUUUCCAUCGAGAGUCUCUUCCUCUGUCUCUCGAACCAUAGCAUUGACGGGGAGGAUGCGGGUCAUCGAAUGUCGACCCAAACAAGGAACAAGGGCCAUACAUCUUUGUAUCGAUGUCUAGGCACGAAUACAAGGUUCGCCAAGGCAUUUCACCCAUGAAGAGCACCGAUUUCUUGAGUUGGUGGCUAAAUCCGACUUAAGCUAAUAAGGUGCGUGGUUUGAGGGGGCAUUAGUUAGUAUUCCAUUCUGAGUUAUUUACACUGCAUGUUGCUUGAAUUAAUUGAUAUGUCUUUAAAUGCUAUUUAUGCUUGAGCUAUGUGUUCAUGAGAUCCAUUUCCAAG